AUGCUUGACAACUUUGAUCUAUUAACAAAUAAUACAACUGUGGCUUCUAGUAUUGUACAGCAAAAUAAUAAUUUAACUUAUUAUUUUGUUCCAAUUUAUACAAUACUCUUUUUUCUUGGUACAUUUGGUAAUGGUCUUGUUAUCAUUAGUAUUCGUCGUUCAUCACGUCUUCGAACAGUGACCAAUACUUAUUUACUUAAUAUAGCUAUUGCUGAUUUUGUUCUUCUUAUGAGUGUACCUUUUCUUAUUGUUACAAUACUUGCUAAUGGAUGGAUAUUUGGAAAUAUUUUAUGUAAAAUGUAUUAUAAUUUUAUUCAUAUAAAUCAAUAUGUUAGUUCACUUUUAUUGGCUGCUUUAUCAUUUGAUCGAUAUCUGGCUGUGUGUCAUCCAGUUCGAGCUAUUGAAUUUCGGACAAGAACAAAAUGUGUAAUAAUCAUUAGUGUAUGUUGGCUUAUAUCCAUUCUAUUUCUGUGUCCAACAUGGGUAUUUGCAACUGUCAUAUCUGAACAAUAUGUAGUUUGGUUUGGCCAUCGAGUGCAAAAGUGUGUUAUUGAUUUUCCAGCAAUUGUAUUUCGAAUUCCUCCAGAAAUAGUUUUUACUUAUUAUGGAUUUUUACUUGGAUUUCUUAUUCCUGUAUCUAUGAUAACAACAUUUUAUAUACUUGUUCUUAGACGUCUUAAUAAUAUACGUCGAAAACAUAAAUCUGGAAUAAAACAACGUUCACAUCGUAAAGUAACACGAAUUGUUCUUGCUGUUGUAACUGCUUAUUUUAUUUGUUGGGUACCAUAUUGGUUUUUACAAAUAUUUAUAACAAUUGAUCCAUUAAGACAUUCAUUACGUUUAAAUAGUUCUGUAUUACCAACUCAUUCAAGUAUGCGUUUUCUUAAAGAAUUAACACAUUUAACAACAAUUUUUGGUUAUGCUAAUAAUUGUCUUAAUCCAGUUCUAUAUGUUUUUUUAUCGGAUUCAUUUCGUGAAGAAUAUUUAAUUCUACUUAAAUGUUUUAAUCCAGGUGGAUUAUUUAUAGAAAAUACAUUACAUAAUGGAAAUGUACAAAAACAUUCUUAUAAACGUGAAUUAGAUCGACAACAAUCACUUCAACGUACUAAUCGUCAAGAACUAGCUAUAAAAAACAUAAAACAUAGUGUAGCUACUGAGGAAGUACCUUCAAGUUAUGGAUCAUUUUCAUUUUUUUUACAUCGUGGUAAUAAUCAUAGACGUCCUUCACAUUCAUCAACUUCAUUACGAGUUAAUGAACAUAAUAGACGUCAUAGUGAACAUACAACCACAUCUUCUAAAAAUGCGUUACUUCAAUGUCCAAAUAAUAAUCAAAAACAAAUGUUAAUGGUUAAUUUAUCUGUAACUUUUACUCAUCCUCAAUCCAGCAUUAUCGAUGAUGGUGGUGUCUAUUGUGGUGAUUAG